UUCCUCCGACCAAUCUCUGCUACUUGGUGCCUGUGAUUCCUCCGUGUUUUACAGAAUCUCUAAACACACAAAAUAUCUGGAGAAAAGUUAGAGAGAGAGAGAAAGUAAAGGUUAUCAUGGGAAACAGAGAGCAAGUAGCAGAGCUGAUAGCAUCGCUGGAGCAAGCAACUCUCAUGUCUCAUCAAAUCGGAACCGCCGUGGACCGAAACCAGCUCCUUCAAAUCUCCUCCUCUCUCCGCACAGCCCACCAUCGCGUCUCCACCUUGCUCCUGUCCACCACUCCAUCACCGGCAUCCGAUAACUCUGUCUCCUCCGUCGAUCCGAUGCAAUUAGGGGAAGGAGAGGCUGAAGAAGUGGAAGAUGAGAGAGACUCGGCGGUGGAGAAGGUGGAGGAGAAGAUGAGAGAGUGCUUUAUAAGGAACAAGAGAGCCAAGCGGCCACUGUCUCCGUCGUCUGCGGUGGUGGAGACUUCGGCGACAGAAGAGAGGAGCAGCCGUGAUUAUUACGGGCAGUUCGAUUUGGACCCAAAUGCCUCCAAGCUGAGAGCUUUGGAUCUUAUCUACCAAUUCCAUGGAUAGUAGAUUAAUCAAUCUCACUGUAGACUUCUUCUUUUUUUUUUUUUAGAUUAAAGAAGCUUUUCUCACUUUGGGAAAUUACAAAUAAAACAAAUUUACACUACA